AUGACCGAUGGAUCAGUUGUUGACAGCGAGAUCUUCAGCGCGAAACACGUGCUCGUCCCAGUGAAUACUGUUUACCACAACAACACCUACUCUACUGUUCACCACGUGUUGCAAAUCACUGUAAACAAGAGGUCAGCUCAUGAGUCGGUGGUAGUGGACAGGUAUGAGCGAGCGGUCUAUGGUAUGGACUACAGCGAUAGCGACUGCCAAGUGAUCUCUGAUGAGGAGGACGACUACGAAACAGAUGGUAACGCCGGGAGGUUUACCAUCCGAGACGCGCACCUGUUAUCCGACGACCAGUUGAUCCAAUUGGCCCACAAUUGUCGGUUGGAUUGUCUCCAACCCAUUCAGGGCCUCAUCGACGCCGCCCUUCAGAUGUCACUCAGAGUAGAUCCCCAUCCGAUCAGUCUUUUCAAAAACACGACUAUAUGUCCCAUGAAUCACAAGAAGCGGAAGAGGAGGUUCAAGAUGUCGACAACUAGACCGCCGAAGCAGACAAAGGUGGACCUCCAGAGCGAGUAUGUCUCGGAUGAGCUCUACGCCAUCGAAACCAUUGUAAACGCGAGGCUCGACCCCGAGUCCAGACUCUUGUUUGAGAUCAAGUGGAAGGGCUAUGAAGAGUCUGAAAACACGUGGCAAACGGUCGAUGAUCUCCAGAAUUGUCAUAAAGACUACGAACGCUAUUAUCGCCAACAGUUCGCCGGCAAAGAAGUCAUUGAUUACAACAUCGAAGACUUUGACGCGUUUGCGAAACUACUGUCCAAAACAGCUACCGGUGCGGACGCCCCGGACGUGGCUGUAGUUCUUAAGCUGAAUGGCUUCCGCAUCGAACACUACGAGAGAACAGACACUCAUUUACAGCAAUUGCGGUCUAAUCUGAAGACAUAUGUGACGGCAAUGAAGAUUAUCGCCCAAUCGAUGGACUCGAUUGAGACCAGAAAUCGAGAUCAGUCUUGGCCGCAAAAGAUACUCAUCCAGUAUUUGGUGAAACACCUGAACAUUGAGACCAAUUUCGGUGAUCUCAGAAAGUUCUUAGAGUUUGUUGACAAUCGCAAAGAGUCUGCCAUUCGGCUCAAGGAAUGGGAGGACGAUAUCAACGAUCAACUCAAGGAGAUUGGGUUCACGAGUGACAAGAUAUCGGUCGAGAAUGACGUGGACCUGGAGGUGCCGCCAGAAAUAAAAUAUCUGAACAAAUACCACAAUCAGGGGAGGGUUAAGAUCGACAGGUGUCAUGUGGAACGGGUCCGAUGCAAGUGUCCCAACGACUGUAAGGGCCCGGAGUGUCGAUGCGCUCUCCACAUCUUCGAGGACAUGGGCUUUCAGUCGUCGCACGUGUUGCACGAGUGCAACGACCGGUGCCAGUGCUCAGCCGCAUGUCCUAACCGGAGGCUACAAAAGGGCUUAAUUGGCACCCAAUUAGCGGUAUUCAAGACUGAGUGCAAGGGUUGGGGUGUAAUGAGCCGCCGGGCCAUCCGUAAGGACUCGUUUGUCUUUGAAUACUUGGGCGAAAUCAUUGACUCCGUGGAGACCACCAAACGAGACAUGACUUACUUCUUCAACAUCGCCGCCGAGUUCUGCGGACAGACACUCAUCAUAGACGCCGACUAUUACGCAAACAUCGCUCGCUUUGUGAACCACUCGUGUGAACCCAAUCUGUCCUCACAUAUGGUUGUGUUCGACGACAAGCAGUUGGUCCCGAGGAUCGGGUUCUUCGCCAACCGAGACAUUAAGGCGUACGAAGAGCUCACCUAUGAUUACAAUCGGGAAGUGCUGUCCAUCGAUGGCAACGGAUUAUAUAAAAAUAACAAUACGGCUGACGAUAGCAAUUCGGUGGACAGCGGCUAUACGUCCCCAUCGGCCGGUGCCGGUCACGAGUCGGCGUGCCUUACGAGGUGUCUGUGCGGAGCCGCCAAAUGCCGGCGCUUUUGCUGA